AUGCCUCCUUCUCCAAGUUCCACGUCUGUUGGAUCAGGAGGUCGAUCGCCGAGCAAGGCGACAACAGCUCCGCGAUCAGCUAGUGGUAGCACAGUUCGUCAGCGAAAGUCUACAACAACAACUACUGCUGCUAGAAAUCGUAGCACAGGAGCUGGAUCAGGUGGAAUGUGGCGAUUUUACACCGAUGAUUCUCCAGGCGUCAAAGUGGGUCCAGUUCCAGUGUUAGUUAUGUCUCUGCUCUUUAUUGCCUCAGUGUUUAUGCUUCACAUUUGGGGUAAAUACACAAGAGCCUAA